ACUGGUGGCAAUACAAAUUUCAAAGAUAUCGUGAUGUUCGAGGCUCGGCUUACGCAGGCUGAUGUAUGGAAGAAGGUCAUUGAUGCAAUAAAAGACCUCGUACAAGAAGCAACUCUUGAUUGUACAGAAAAUGGUAUCAGUUUACAAGCUAUGGAUAAUGCCCAUGUGAGCUUGGUGUCUUUGCUUCUGCGGAGUGAUGGCUUUGAGACAUACAGAUGUGAUAGGAAUCUUUCAUUAGGCCUGAACAUCACAAGUGCGUCUAAAAUUCUACGAUGUGCUAGUGGGAACGAUGCAAUUACUCUUAAGGCUGGAGAUAAAGCGGAUACACUGACAUUUGUUUUUGAGUCGAAAUCCCAAGAUCGGUCAUCGGAAUUUGAGAUCAAAUUAAUGGAUUUAGAUGUUGACCACCUGGGUAUUCCCGAUACUGAUUAUAAGUGCAUCAUACGAAUGCCUUCUGCACAGUUACAAAGGAUAUGUCGAGACCUAAGCCAAAUAGGAGAUUCCGUCGUAAUAUCGGUUGCCAAAGAUGGUGUUUCGUUCAGCUCAAACGGUGAUUUAGGUACUGGAAAUGUCAAGCUUUGUCAGUCCGCUAACGCUGACAAGCCGGAGGAGUCUGUUUCAAUAGAAAUGCACGAGCCUGUUUGCAUGACUUAUUCCUUGCACUAUUUCAACAUAUUCACUAAAGCCGCUCCACUCUCUAGCCAAGUUGUAUUAUCUCUGACUGAGAACGUCCCUGCAGUUGUGGAGUUUGAAAUUGAAGACCUAGGUUAUAUCCGGUAUUAUUUAGCACCGAAAAUUGAAGAUGAUGCCGAUUAGGAUAACUAAAGAGAACUCAACAGACUAUUUUUCUACUUACUGUGCAUCACAAUAAAUAUAUUGGUACAAAGAGGCACCAAAUACACAUGCGCCACACAAAUCUCAUUCGAUAUGUGUGAGGGCUGUGAUGCUACCCGGGUGCCCAAACCGAAGCAGGAUUUAUUGCUAAAUAAGAUAUCUAGCUAAACUCUAAACACCACGUGGCAGAUUUCUCAAUUACAAUGGUCGGUUUUGUAAUUGAUGGACAUAAAUCAUCUAGGCAUCUGAUAACAACUGCGGCUAAUUGCAAAAAUCUUCACUGUGUUUAAUUAAAUUGCGAGAUCUGGUUUAUUAUGCAUCGUGUCAACCUAUGAAAAGGGGUAAUCUACACUGAAGUGAGUAGUUUAUUUUGCCAACAGUAUAUAAUUGUUCUAUAGUUAUCACGUCUAAAAUAAAGAAAUUAAGCAAAGCAUUUUGGUAUGUGAUAUUUGGGGAAGAAAUAUAUUGAAUAUUUAUACUCCUGGAUCUUAAAGACUUAUAUAGUCAAGCCACUUGCUUUUAUUUCCUUAUGACCUCUUAGCGUAAAAUAUGAAUCUAAAGAAGUAAUUCGCGUAAACCGAUUGCAAU